ACAAACUGACUCUGAGUAGACGGUCGUUAACCAGCUGUUAGCUGUUAGCAUGUAGCUUAGCUAACUUCCGGUUCGGUUUGAUAGUUAGCGCAGAGUUUGGUUCUGAAGUCAUCAGUUUGGUUCAGCAGGUUCGAUCCGAGCCGGGUUAAAGUAGAGCUGUGACCCGUAACCGGACUGAUCCAGGAGCAGAUAACCCGAGCCAGACCCGGAACAACACGGAUUAGGCCCGAGUUGCUCUCUGUAGUUUGUUUGUAUUUAUCAAAGUCAGAAUCCAAGACAAUCAACAUAUCGACAGAAACAUUCUUCUAACUCUCAGCGACCUCAGUGAAGGCACUUCCCUUUGUAUCUUUGCCAUAAUUGGUUCAAAUUGAUUUAUACCUCUUGCUUUGCUCGCUGGUAAUAAUUAUUCCCAGAUAUGUAACUUGCUCUUUCACAGGAAAAUCACAUAAAGAGGGAGUGUCAGUCUUUUCCAGCCAUCAAUUCACAUCCUCUUACAUUAAAGGUGAGGCCAGAGGCUUUGGAGAAACCUUAAUCAUUCCAUGGAAAGAAGAACUUGGGAAGCGUCCCUCAGCAAAAGUGUGCAUCCACAACGGAGAUCCCUUAUAAGUUGCGAGGCAAUCAAAGACAAGUGUGAUGAAAUGGGGCACCCAUGUUUAAUACCAUGUGAUAUAAAAAGUCUGAGGGUUAAACCAGGUUUUAGUUGAAUUAAACCAGAGUUAACCGUGAGCUCACAGUUUCAAACUACUCCCACAACUACACACACUGGAGAACAACUUUUAGCGUUGAGGUGAAGAACCCCCCCGUCAACACUUACUACUGCUCCGCAUGUGGAUUCCUCCACCACUGAAAAGUGUCUCCGACUAAAGUUCCCUCCUGAUUGUUUGAAUGUGUUAUUAAAUAUGUAUAACUUCAGUAGGAACCAAUUAGCUCACAGCCACAAACAAGGGCAUGUUUCCAAACUGGACAGACGGGUGCAGGUGUGAAAUCACUCAUUCACUAACUCUACUUCAUAGAGGGACUUCUCUACACAGAGCUGAGCUCAUCAGGAAAAGAAAACUCACUUACAUCCAAUCCAAUACAUUUUGAGUGUAUUUUAUUUUCAUGGUGAAUAACCAUCUUUAAAUGUAGAAAUACACCUUUUUUUUGCUCCUAUUGACAUUUAAACGACUGGUCGGGCGGAUGCUGCUCUCUCUUCAUCUGUUUCUCUGCUGCGAGCGCAAUGCAUGAUGGUAGAUUUGAUUGCUUAGUGACCAUCGGUUGAAGACUACUUUUCAUGAUGCAUUGUGGGAAACAGUGUGUAAACUGCGUUGACCCCAGCGGGCGUUGCGGGGGGGCGAUGGCUCUGAUCGAAGGCGUAGGAGACGAAGUGACGCUGCUGUUUGGCUCCUUGCUGCUCCUCGUGGUGCUGCUGCUCGCCUGGAUCUCCACCCAGACCUCCGAUGCCCCAGAGCAUCUGUUCACCUCAACCGCAGACCCCGCCCCCUCACUGAGGACCGGCACCGUCCACCAAGACACGCCCCCCACUGCCAGCACCUCCUCUUCAUCCCCCUCCAGCUCUGUUAGUGACAGCUCUCUGACCGACGCUCCCACCGCCCCCCCUCAGGAGGAGAAGGACGAGCAGCGAGGAGAUGUGGGGGGGGAGAGGCUGGAAGGGGCGGGCGAUGGUGUGAGGAACCGAGGGGGAGGGGAGGAGUCUCCGCCCUCUCAGAGGAACAUGGUCGUCAGACUGAAGUUUCUCAACGACACAGAGAGAACCGCUCAGGUCCAACCGCAGGACACCAUCGGGUACAUCAAACGGACCUACUUUGCGGGUCAGGAGCAGCAGGUGCGGUUAAUCUAUCAGGGUCAGCUGCUUCAGGAUGAUGCUCAGACUCUGGCCUCUCUGAACCUCGUCCACAACUGCGUCCUGCACUGUCACAUCUCCCAGCAUGCCGGACGGGGGGCGGCGGGGGGGCCGCGGCCGGCCGAUCAGGUGGCUGUGGCCCUGAACGUAGGCAGCCUGAUGGUCCCGCUGCUGGCUCUCAUGCUGUCUGUGCUGUGGUACUGUCAGAUCCAGUACCGGCAGUUCUUCACCGCCCCGGCCACCGCCUCCCUGGUCGGAGUUACCAUCUUCCUCAGCCUGGUUGCCUUCGGAGUGUACCGCCGCUAGCUGCUCUCUGAUAGGCUGUUGUGAUGGUGUGGCGCACACUUGCAUAUGCUCUCUCUGUGACCUCUGACCUCAGAGCCGAACAGGACUCGAUGCUGCUGGAGGACAAAGACGCUGAGAGAGCUAAUGUUUGUUUUUGUUUCUGUUGCCAUGGAGAUGGAGUGUAAACAAGGACUUUCACUUUUGUUUUUUUAAUCUUGUUUGUGUAGGCUCUUUCACCUGUCUGUCUGCUCACCUGUCUGUCUGCCUGCUCACCUGUCUGCCUGCUCACCUGUCUGUCUGUCUGCUCACCUGUCUGUCUGCCUGCUCACCUGUCUGCCUGCUCACCUGUCUGUCUGUCUGCUCACCUGUCUGUCUGCCUGCUCACCUGUCUGCCUGCUCACCUGUCUGUCUGUCUGCUCACCUGUCUGUCUGCCUGCUCACCUGUCUGUCUGUCUGCUCACCUGUCUGUCUGUCUGCUCACCUGUCUGUCUGCCUGCUCACCUGUCUGCCUGCUCACCUGUCUGUCUGUCUGCUCACCUGUCUGUCUGCCUGCUCACCUGUCUGCCUGCUCACCUGUCUGUCUGUCUGCUCACCUGUCUGUCUGUCUGCUCACCUGUCUGUCUGCUCACCUGUCUGUCUGUCUGCUCACCUCUCUGUCUGUCUGCUCACCUCUCUGUCUGUCUGCUCACCUCUCUGUCUGUCUGCUCACCUCUCUGUCUGUCUGCUCACUUGUCUGUCUGUCUGCUCACCUGUCUGUCUGCCUGCUCACCUCUCUGUCUGUCUGCUCACCUCUCUCUCUGUCUGCUCACUUGUCUGUCUGUCUGCUCACCUGUCUGUCUCAUUAAAGCUUUUGAAGAGAGAGAAAUCUAUUAAACAUUAAUUUAUCUUGU